AUGUCUACUCAAGAUUCGCUGUCCUACACCCUCCGCUACUUUGACGUACAAGGCCUUUGCGAGACCACUCGGCUGAUACUUGAUCUGAAGGGGAUCGAAUGGACCGAGGAGAAUCCAGAGUGGCCGGCGGCAAAGGCUGACCAGCCAGUUGGCCGUAUGCCUGUCCUGCUCGAGAAGAACAGCGAUGGCGAGGUUGUGUUUGAGCUCACUGAGUCGAUGGUCAUCGAGAGGUACCUUGCACACAAGUACGGACUCCUUCCAACUGAGCUCCAGGCAUCGGCGCGCCAAGAGCAGUUGCGCGAUCAGUUCAAAGAUAUCUGGACCACGUCCAUCGUUUACCAUCUUGCUGAUGAUGAGGAUCGCAAAGCCAAGCUGAAGGAGAAGUACGACGAAUUGGCAACCUAUAUGGUGAAGUUCCACUCGAAGGCGCUGCAAGAGAACGGAAACAACGGCCACUAUGUCGGCGACUCGAUCUCGUACAUCGACAUUGCUCUGUAUGCAUUCCUCAAGUUCAUCAGGACCCAGUCGAAGGCCAAGAACGACGACCUCUCCAGCUACUACGAGCCAGACAAGGUGCCCGAGUUUGCCAAGGUUGUUGCUGCCGUUGAGGCUGAGCCUGCGCUCGAGCGGUACUUUGCCCAGGAGACCAAGAAUGUGACUAUUAUGGGACACGCAGUGGCAACCAGCCUGCUGACCAUCACUGUUGUCCUGCCAGAUGUCCGCCAUGCGUGGCCUUCGUGGGAAAGCGCGCCAACCACACCCUAA